UAGGAAAAUUGCCCGUGGCCCUUUCGGUGCUUCUUUUUAUCUUAUUAGUUUGCUUGACGGAAUGUAAAUAACAAUAGGAAUCGGAGAAAACCACUGGACCAUUCUCUUUCCCUCUCUGCAAAUGCCUUCACCAUACGCUAUAGCACAACACCAUCUUCUUCAACCUCUUUUCCUUGGCAAUACCUUUAAUUUGAACUAUAGAGAACGCCCAGCAACCAAUCUCAUUUUCCUUCCAAAAUUAUCAUUAUUCACUGCAGGAAUUGCUGACAAAAAUGCCAUGGCAUACCCAAAACGAUUAUCCCAUUUAAUUGACAAGAAAGGAAUCACCUUGGUUGUGAAACACAAUAACGGGCUUCUACCCAUCCAACAAAAGAACCCAGAAACCAUUGAGAAAACUAGGAGAUUGCAGGUGGAGAAUUUCGUAGCUGCAAUUAAAGCAUUACCCAGUAAAGAUAAAACAACUAUCCUUGACAUUUUUACCAAAAAUGGCAAAAUUUGUAGCACAGCAGUGUUUAAUGAUCUUCUUAUGGCUCUAGUCAUAGCCAGUGAGCACGAGCUUGCUUUCAAAUUUUAUUCUAGCAUAUCAUCUUAUGGUUUAGCACCAGACUGUUGGACAUAUUGUAUACUUAUCAGGUCCUACUGCAAAAUAGAAAAUGUUGAUGAGGCUAGAAGGGUUUUAGACCACAUGGUGGAAAACGGGUUACAUCCCAAUUUGGCUACUUUUACCACAUUGAUCAAUUCAUUUUGCAAAAAGGGGAGAGUAGAGGAAGCUUUUGAACUAAUGGAAGAUAUCAAGAAAUCGUCAAUUGACGCUGAUGUUUAUACAUACACCGCUUUGAUGGAUGGUUUUUGUAAAGUUGGUAGAACAGAUGAGGCGAUGGAGUUGCUUAAUGAAGCUAUGGAGAUAGGCUUGAAACCAAAUAUUGUCACUUUUAAUACUCUGUUUGAUGGGUUUAGCAGAGAAGGGAGACCACUUGAAGGAAUUGGUGUGUUAAAGAAAAUGAAACAGAUAAAUUGUAGGCCUGAUUAUAUUAGCUAUAGCACUCUGCUACAUGGUUUGUUGAUGUGGAGAAAAAUCAGAACAGCUCUUAGAAUUUAUAAGGAAAUGGUGAGGAAUGGUUUUGAAGUGGAUGAGAGGUUAAUGAACAAUCUUCUGAGAGGUUUGUGUAGGAAAUUCUUGAAAGAAAAUGACCUAUUGGAAGAUGCCUAUCAAGUGUUCGAUAAAAUGACAAAAAGAGCAUUUGUUAUGGACCAUAGCACAUACAAUCUAGUAAUCCAGGCUUUUUCUAUGGGGAAGAAGGUUGAUGAUGCUUUAGUCAGUUUGCAAAAGAUGAUUAAAUUUGGGUAUAUUCCAAGUUUAACCACCAUAAACAGUGUAAUUCGAGCAUUUUGCACAAAAGGAAGGGUUGAGAAGGCAAUUUUGGUCCUCGUUCUAAUGUAUGAAACUCAUAAAAUCCCAAAUACAACAUCUUAUGAUCUUAUGAUUCAGGAAUUGAAUCGACAAAGAAGGUUUUUGGGGGCUAGUAAUGUCUAUGGUUCGGCGUUGGUUCGAGGUGUAGUUCCUAACCAAAUGCCGCUACAUGAGAAAUUACUCAUCAACAAUUAGUUAUGUUAAUACAGUUGCUGGAUAAUUUUUUGAGGUUACCUUUCAUCCAGAAAUGGGACCAAUAAUUGUAUUACUUGCUGUUAACUUUAUGAAACAAUCAAGAACCAUAAUUGCUGUAAAGCAACUUUGUAAUUUUGAUCUAGAAUUCCUUCUCACUUUGCCUGGAAGGCAAAAUAUCAUCUAUUUCUACCAUAA